AUGGCUGACGCGCAAGUCUCCGAGCGAGCCUUCCGUGUUAGACCCAACAAGAGCAGCGCCGACCGUCUGAUCAAUAUAACUAUUGCUCAAGACACGACCCCGAUCCGCGUCCAACAGGUGCUUCUCGAAGCAGCGUCUCCGUGGUUCGAGAAAGCUCUGCAACGUGACGCAUUCCUCGAAGGCAAAGAAGGCAAGCUGGACUUUCCAGAUGACGACAGAGAAGCCUGGGAAUGUGCCAUAUACUGGAUGAUAAACCGCGAGGCGGUCUUCGACCCGCCCAACGGUGGUGCACUCGUGCUGCUGGUGAAGUGCUGGGCUCUAGGAGAAAAGUUCCAGGACGAGUGCAUGCUGACUCUGAUCCACUACUUCGAGGACUCAGCUUUAUCGCCAGAGACUCACGAUUUGGACCAAAUCUUCGAACUCAUUCGGCCUGGAUCGAAGCUUGCGAGACUGUUUGCAGAAGAGCUCAUCCACAUAAUCUUUAGAGAUAGACCUCCUGCAAUGAAAUGGGAGCAACUGACGGCUCUCAGCAAUAUCGGAAACUUGUGGUCGGCUAUUGGCGAAGCCCAGGGAAAACUGAUUAGCAAUUCAGCCUGGCAUUUCGGAUAUCGUCUUGACAAGGCGUCAAAUAGCCCUCAUUGGACUGAGUACAUGGUUGGAGAUAUCCGAAGCGCAAUUUUCUACGUCCACACCAUCCAUUACAGAACAUCGCGAGAAGACGCACACGAAGGAGCACUCAGCGCGCUGUACAAUGGCCGAGGCAGCCGCCGCGCUUGGAAGCUGAAGUCCGACCGCUUCAUCAAACUUUUCCUCGGCAAGAACAAUGAUGAGCUGUAUCUGGUUCCCGAGAGCCGUCUGAAACAGACUUCGGAAUACUUCGCCAACGCCAUCAAGCACGAGAGCUGGGGCCCAGACAACAUCGGGAAGCUUCAUUUCCCUGACGACGGCAAGGACGCAUUCGAGCUCUUGAUACACUUCAUCGUGAAUGGGUCGAUGCCAGUAUUCAACCUGUAUAAGAGCCGGGACGAGAACUCCGCACUGCAGAAGACCUUGAUUGAUUCCUGGGUGAUGGCUGACAAGUACCUGAUCCACGACUUCCAGGAUCAGGUAAUGCUCAAACUGCUUGAGACUGUUGAUUUCUUCCCGUCUGACUGGGAAGUUGUUCGACACGCGUUCGAAACGGGAAGUGAAGGGUCGAAGAUAUGGACGCUGUUCGCUGAGGAGGCUGUGUUCAUGACCUAUUACGGCAUGCCUCGCAAAAUACAGACACCUGAUGAGAUUCGGAAACUGGAACGAGCUAUCAUCCCAAGGCCGCGAGAAUUCGGUUCGAUAAGGGUGCAUGCAGGGCGAGCAUUUGAUCUUGUCACGAGCGGCAAGUCGCAGACUUUCUACAAGGCAAGAGUCAGGGCACAACCUCUCACAUACUCCCCAUCAUUCUGA